GUGUUUGCUCACAUGCUCCUCUCAGUCAGUCUGAAGUUCAUUUUCACCAAACGGAGCAAGGACCUCACUCAGGGGAUGAAAUAUCUGAGGUGUCCAAGAAGCUGUGGUGCGUCCACAAACAGCUGAUCCUGUGCUACACUCCACUUGUGUUUCUGCCUUUAAUUUUUACUCUACCGGAAAAGGAGGGAAAAUGCCUUUACGUGGUGGUGAUGAUGGCUACAUUUUGGUGCACAGAGGCCCUGCCUUUGGCUGUCACAGCAAUGCUUCCAGUCUGCCUCUUCCCAACAAUGGGAAUUCUUCCAGCCAAAAAAGUCUGUCCUCAAUACUUCAUUGAAACCAACUUUCUUUUCCUCAGUGGUCUUGUGAUGGCAUCAUCUAUUGAAGAAUGGGGUCUGCAUCGCAGAAUAGCACUCAAGGUUCUUAGUAUUGUUGGAGUAAAACCAGCCUGGCUCAUCAUGGGAAUGAUGCUGACCUCAUCCUUCCUGUCCAUGUGGCUCAGCAACACUGCCACAACAGCCAUGAUGCUCCCUAUUGCAAAUGCCAUUCUGGAGAGUCUUUUUGGUGACCUGGAGACUCUGAAGCAAAAGUCCAAAUCCCCUGAGGAGCAAGACAAUGCUGUGAUAAAUGGCCAAUCAUCUGUGAAGUUGCAUUCACUGCCGUCAGAGCCUGCUGAAAAACAAAUGCUGUCAAUUGAAGGAAUUUCUGAUGUAACGGAGCCGACUGACCUGAGGACAGCUGAGGAGAUCCGAUCAGAGGCACAGUAUCAGCUGAAAGUGUGGAAAGGAUUCUUGAUCUGUAUUCCCUAUGCAGCCAGUAUCGGAGGGACCGCCACGCUCACAGGCACCGCACCAAACCUCAUCCUGAUUGGACAGCUAAAAAGUUACUUCCCAGAAUGCGAUCUUAUCAACUUUGGCUCUUGGUUUGCAUUCGCUUUCCCACUUAUGCUUCUCUUCCUGUUUUUGGGAUGGAUAUGGAUCUCUUUUCUCUAUGGGGGGUUGAAUACAAGGUUGUGCUUCACAAAACAUGACCACAGAGCCCAAGCAGAGGCCAAAGCCAAAGCUCUAAUAAAAGAAGAUUACAGAAAACUAGGGCCCAUAAAUUUUGCAGAAGGAGCCAUCUCCUUCUUUUUUGCCUUAUUUGCUGUUCUUCUCUUCACGAGAGACCCUAAAUUUAUCACUGGCUGGUCAGUGUUUUUUAAAAAAGGGUACGUCUCAGACGCCGUCACUGGUGUGAUUAUUGUGUCCAUCUUGUUCUUCUUCCCUUCACAGAAACCUUCUCUGAGAUGGUGGUUUGAUCCACAAGCUUUAAACACUCCUUAUGUUCCUCUCCUGUCGUGGAAAAAAGCCCAGGACUCUGUUCCUUGGAAUAUCAUUCUGCUACUUGGGGGUGGUUUCGCAAUGGCCAAAGCUUGUGAGGAAUCUGGCCUCGCAUCCUGGAUCGGAGGCCACCUCCAGCCUUUGGCCGAAGUCCCUCCUGCUGCAGCUGUGAUGUUGAUCACUGCUUUUCUGGCCUGCUUCACUGAGUUUGCAAGCAACACUGCCACAAUUAUCAUAUUUCUACCUGUCAUUGCUGAACUGGCCCUUCAUGUCACUGUGAACCCUCUUUACUUCAUGAUUCCUGCCACAGUAGGAUGUUCAUACGCCUUCAUGCUGCCAGUGUCCACACCACCCAACUCUAUUGCAUUUGCAUCAGGACAUCUCAUGGUCAAAGACAUGGUGAAAGCUGGCUUUGUCAUGAACAUCCUGGGUAUCCUCUCGGUCUCUCUGGCUAUGAACACUUGGGGCGUCGCCAUGUUCAGUUUAAACACUUAUCCAGAAUGGGCUCACUCUAUCAACAAAACUGCUGUUAUAACUAACUUAUCUUCUAUCCAGCCACUCAAUGCUACGCUCUGAUUACCCUCAUAAUUAAAAAUGAACAGUCAUGUGAAAGAGAAAUUACAGCCUCUUUAAGAUCUAAGGUUUUACUUAUAAGGACAAACCACAUAAUUAUUUGGUCCUUACAAGGUUUUUU